AUGGAGGCCGCGGCAAGACAAACGGCAAUAAGAAGAAACCUCAGCGGGGACCAGGUCCAGAGCGCAUGCACAUCAGCCAAUACAAAGAAGGCCUACCAAGGCUACCUCAAGGGGAUUGCUAAGUGGAUUCACGCGUCGCAGCCGUCACCAGACACCUUCUUUUGCGAGGAUGGCAGCUUAAAUCUGGCCGUGGUUUCACCGCAGCACUUUGAAGCCUUCCUUCUGUACAAAAUUAACGAGGGAAAACUCAAAGUGACCACUUUAAGUGGCUACAGAAGUGCUCUAAAGAACGUGUAUCGGCAGAAGCGUUUAGAUUUACCCAGUGAAUACUUAGAUGAUCUGAAAACACUAUACCAAGGAGGAGGCUGA